CACGCAUGUUGAUGCUAAUCUUUGAUCAUUUAUAUCUUUAAUUAUCAAUAAGUAUAAAUUCUAAUAAUUGAAAAUUAAUAAUCUAUUCCAACAAGUAACAAAUGAAUAAAUCAAGAAAUAGAAAUGGAACAAGUAUUAAAAAACGGAGGGAGUACUAUAGAUUUAUAUAUUAGGUCUUAUAAUGAAAAGUAUUAAACCAUCCAAAAAAAAAAAAAAAAAAUUGAACCAAACACCAAAUGCAUAAACCCUAGUAAUAUUUUCUCCGACCACCCGACCAGUGGUUUUGUUUUCCUCCUUUUGUCCAUCUUUGGUCUUCCAGAGGAGAUAACAAAUUUAAAUUUGCGGUUUAAAGUUUUUUAAUUGUAAUGGGUUUGUGUUAAUUCACUAAAUUUAAGCUAUUAGGUUCGAUUUUUUGACAAAAUUUUGAUUAUUUUGUUUAUUCUAAUCGAAAAGGGUUGAUCAAAUUGGAGAAGAAUAUAAAUUUGAGCUUAGAUUACAAUGGAAGAUACCUCCUUCCUAUUUGCAGGCCUUAAAUUUGACAAAAUAAAGUUUGCCAAAGAUUUCCAGAAGUUCAAGGGGUAUAAAGAAAACAAAGCUUUGGAAGUGGAUCUGGAUUUUGUUGACGAUGCUAAAAAUGAAGCAGAAGUAGGAAAAAAGUCCAUUAGAAAGAGAAAAAGAAAGGGAACUGGAGGAUCAGUGGAGGGAUUUAGUGUCUUUAAUAAGAGUGCCAGUGCAGUUAAUGAAACUGAACUAAAUGACGAGGAAGAGGAGACGCCUUCUGAAAAGAAGGAAUUUUUCCAGCAGCUUCAGCGUGAUGCACUUCUGCGGAAAGAUCAUAAAAUUCAUAUUUCUGGGAGUAAUGUUCCAUCUCCUCUCCAAAGCUUUAAGGAGCUUAGUACUAGAUACGGAUGCAAACCCUAUUUGCUACGAAAUUUAGCGGAACUCGGAUACAAGGAGCCCACUCCAAUUCAAAGGCAGGCUAUUCCAGUCCUUCUAUCCGGACGUGAAUGUUUUGCUUGUGCGCCCACUGGCUCUGGAAAAACUUUGGCAUUCAUUUGUCCUAUAUUAAUGAAACUUAAGCAUGGGUUAAAAGAUCGUGUUCGUGCUGUUGUUCUUUGCCCUACUCGUGAACUAGCAGCUCAGACGGCUAGAGAAAGCAAGAAACUUGCUCAAGGAAAGAACUUUUAUAUAAAAUUAAUGACUAAAGAGCUUUCCAGAAGUGCUGAUUUCUCAAAAGUGCCUUGUGAUAUACUUAUCUCAACGCCACUUCGCUUAGAAUUUGCAAUUCGUAAAAGGAAGCUUGAUUUAAGCAGGGUUGAGUUCCUUGUUCUUGAUGAAUCUGAUCAGCUGUUUGAGCUUGGUUUUAUGAAGCAGAUUGAUUUUGUUGUUAAAGCCUGCUCAAAUCCCUCAGUGAUUAGAAUGCUGUUUAGUGCGACUUUACCUGACUCUGUUGAAGAACUAGCACGGACAUUGAUGCAUGAUGCUGUGCGGAUAAUUGUUGGCAGGAAGAACACAGCUUCUCCAUCAGUAAAGCAAAAGUUAGUUUUUGCUGGAAGUGAAGAAGGAAAAUUUCUUGCUUUGCGUCAGAUUUUUGCCGAGAGUCUGAAUCCACCAGUCUUAAUCUUUGUGCAUAGCAUGGAACGUGCUAAAGAGCUUUGUAGAGAGCUGGUGUGUACUGAUAUCAAAGUGGAUGCUAUCCAUAGUGAUUUGCAAGAAGCACAGCGGGAGAAUGCUGUUGAUAAUUUCAGGGCUGGUAAAACUUGGGUUUUGAUUGCCACUGAUGUCGUUGCUCGUGGUAUGGAUUUCAAAGGUCUCAACUGUGUGAUUAAUUAUGAUUUUCCAGAGUCAGCUGCUGCUUACAUCCAUAGAAUUGGUCGAGCUGGUAGAGCUGGGAGAGAAGGAGAAGCCAUUACCUUUUACACAGAAGUAGAUGUACCAUAUUUGCGCAAUUUAGCGAAUAUUAUGUUAGAGUCUGGGAGUGAGGUACCAUCUUGGAUCAUGUCUAAACCUAAAGCCAAAUGGAAGAAGCAUCGCCCGGUCAGAAAUUCUAUUUUUUCUGGUCCUGCUGAUGGGAAAUAGUGGAUGGUAAUUUAGCAAAAGAUGUAGGAAGUCAUCAUGUAAUUUUUAUUUUUUGUUACUCUUUUCUCCGGAUUCUACACUCCUACUCCAAUUUUGUCUAGUAGCUAACAUGUUUAGUGUUUCCUAUUUAUUUUAGGAAAUUUUCGGAAAUAUUAAGAGGUUUGUUUAGCUACAUUUGUAACUUUAUAAGAUGUGCGUAGUUCAAACAAUCCCAUUUGCAUGUCCCCGGUUUACAAUAUAUUUAUUGAAAAUCGGGGGGCCCUGCACGUGCCACCCAUUUACUGUUUUUUUUUUUUAAA